GAAAAACCCCAGUCAAAGCAUUAAUUGAUACAUCCUCAAAAUUUAAUACCAUUAGUAAGAAGUUGUUCGAUAAACUUAAAUCAAAUCAUGAAAUAUGCCCUACCUGUAGCCUUGUUAAGAAUCUUUAUGGAGAUGCAAUAGGUGAAAUAAAUUGUUUGGAUUUACAAUUCCAGUAUAAGGAAACAUAUUAUAGCUUAGAUAGUACCGAUGCAAUAAACUUCGAGAUUUGCAAAAAUCCACCAUUCGAUCUGAGGCAUCAUGACGACAUACUUCCUGUAUCUCCAAUACAUAGAAGAGUUAGCAAGAUUAAGAAAUAUCCUAAAGUAGAUUUAGGAAAGAUACUAUGGGUAAAGUCAGAUUCUUCAGAUACUUCAGACUCGAGUGAUUCUUCUUCGUCUAGAUUGCGACCAGAAGUUAUAGAUAUGUAUAGGAUAAGUGCAAAACACCUUGCUUCACAGACAUCCGUUAAGAAACAUCCUACUAAACGAAAAAUUUGCAAAGUAACAAAAUCCCUUACCCAAGUUGGUGCAUAUGUAUUUGGAUAA